AUGGAGGAGAACUUGACGUACCUGCUGGACGGAGGGGGCUUUGAGGACAUGUUGGUGGGUGACAUGUCACCAACAUCUAACUCCUCUGCAGCCUAUGAAUACCGUUUCUUCUACCCAGAAUUGGACAUCAGCUGUGAUCUUGAAAAUAUUCCAGCAUUUUCAUCUACCUUUUUACCAGUGCUGUACUCCCUUCUGUUUGUGGCUGGCCUCGUGGGAAAUGUUUUGGUCAUUUGGAUCCUAACAGUCUUCAAGAAGGUCAGGGCCAUGACUGAUGUGUAUCUGCUGAACCUCGCAAUCUCUGACCUCCUCUUUGUUUUCUCCCUCCCCUUCUUGGUUCAGUACUCGAUUGUGAGCCAGUGGACUUUUGGAAAUGCGAUGUGUAAGAUCAUCAGCUCAGCCUACUUCAUUGGUUUCUACAGCAGCACCUUCUUCAUAACCAUCAUGAGUUUCGACAGGUACUUGGCCAUUGUCCGGUCUGUCUACGCUCUACAGGUUCGGACAACUGCCUAUGGGGUUAUCACCAGCCUGGUCCUUUGGGCAAUUGCCAUUUUAGCAUCAACGCCAGACUUAAUUUUUUUCCAGGAAACGAACAACAAUAACUGGACUAAGUGCACCCCUCACUAUCCUGACAGCAACAAUGGCUGGAAAACUUUCAGUAAUUUUGAAGUCAAUGUCCUGGGGUGGCUGAUCCCUGUUAGUGUCCUCAUUUUCUGCUACCACAGCAUCUUGAAAAACCUGCAGAAGUGCCAUACUCAGAACAAGUACAAAGCAAUGAAACUGGUUUUUGUUGUCGUCAUUGUGUUCUUCCUCUUCUGGACCCCCGUCAACAUUGUGAUUUUUCUCGACUCUCUGAGGAACAUGUACAUCAUUGAUGACUGUCAGACAAGCCAAAAGCUAGACCUAGCCAUGGAGGUAGCAGAGGUGCUUUCCUUCAUCCACUGCUGCCUCAACCCAAUCAUCUAUGCCUUUGUGGGUGAGAAAUUCAAGAAGCAUCUCCGCGAAGCUUUCAGAAGAUAUGCACAUUUUCUGUUGAUCUGCAAAGACUACCGUAUUUUUAAUGGGCACAGCCUGGACAGGCAUUCCUCGCUGCAUGCGACAUCCUCACAGUCGUCUUUUGUUGGCAGUGUCUUGUAGAGAUACAGGUCAAAAACUUUCAUCCUGGAAAGGUGACCUGAAGUUGAGAAAUCCUCCCAGCAGGGCAUCCUUUUAGGACAGGAAAAGUGGAAGAAGCUGCUUGAGUUUACUUUUAUCAUGGUUGCCUAUGGGGUUCUUACUUUUUAGCGUCUUUUUUUAGUAUCUUCCUCCCUUUCCUAUGACACAUACUGCCUUGCCUGCUUUGUGAAAGGGAGGCUGAAAUUACCAGCAAACUCCCACACUGCCUGAGCAGCAUGGAGAGGUGCCUUAGAAACAUUUCUUUCCCCACCUCAGAUUCUGUACUGAAAGGAACUAUUUAUAUUUCUGAACUCAGGACACUUGGCCACUCCUCCCCGUAUCUCAGCAGAGUGUAUUGGCUUUGCAGGCAUGGAUGAGGCUCACAGCAGGAAUGGGA